CGGAAACAUUAAACAUAAUAGUUUACACGUUUAUCUCUAGAGGGCCAGGAUAUGGUAUAUGCAUAUAUAUAUGUACACAUAAACUGCAAAUUUGUAACAGAUUAUAUUAUUAAACGUAAAAGCAUGGAGUAUUGUAAAACAAGGAAUUGCCAUUCAAAUGUACAAUUUAAAACAACCUUUGUUACAUAUUAAUACUUUUUUACAUUUUAUCUUAAUGUAAUAGCGUGUAUGUUUUAAAUGUUAUCAGUUUUCGCGCGAAAAUUCACGCUCUGUACUUUCCCGCGUUUAAAGUGCAUUCCCGCGAAAAAGCGCGCUGAGCAAUACGUGAUACACAGUAAGUGCGUUUGGCACAAGCAACAUAUAAAGAAUUAAGUUUAAAGAAUAUUCUGUAUGUUGAAACUAAUGAAUUAAGAUUAUUGAAUGCAGAGUUUAAAGUGUAUUAACAAAAUUUUAUAUAAUUGUUUUGUAAACGAAACAUUGUUGGUUACAAAAUAACAAAAUAAGGAUGUUAAAAAGUUGACGUUAUAAAUUUUAUUUUUAAUGAAAAAUAAAAUUUGUUGAGUAUCAAAGAAUUUUUGUGUAGCUGUCUUGAAACGUAUAUAAAAUGUCAGGCAUUCAAACGACAAUUCCAUUCACUGUGAGGAAAAAGUGCUCAUUUUAUGGAAGCAAAAAUAAUGUAACAAAACAAGAUUUUACUGAUGCGACUGUCAGAGAGUCUUCUUACAAGUAUACACCAACUGUGAAAAAGGUUAUUACUUUGAGCAGUAGUGAAUCAGAUUCAGAUUCAGAUGUGGAAAAUGUGUUAGUGAAAAAUAAUAUAAAACUUUGCGAUAAAGAUGCCACUGUUCAAACUCCACGACAUACUAGGAAGUCUACUGAAUCUAAUGAAGAUCAUGGUUCAACACCUCCUAAACAAAAGAAAUUAUCAGUGCCAGUAUUGUCUCCAUCAACACCUUCUACCCUUUUUAAUAAGUUGAAUAUAAUGACAUCUCCUGAGAGAGAAGAAAAAUUAGCUCCUAAGAAAUUAUUUAGUUUUGAAAAGUAUCGAAAUGCCCGUAAAGCUUUACAUAGUUCAGUACCUGAAAAUUUACCUGGUAGAGAGAUGGAAUUACAACAAUUACAAGACUUUAUGACAGAACAUUUAAAAAAUGAAAGAUCAGGUUCUCUGUAUGUAUCAGGACCUCCUGGUACUGGAAAAACAGCAUGUCUUUCUAAGUUAAUGUUAAAACCUGAGUUUAAAUCACAAUUCAAAGUUGUUUACGUUAAUUGUACAACUAUGAAAUCUGCUACUACGAUCUAUGCAAAAAUUAUUCAAGAGCUAGGUUUAUCCACUCCAAAAACUGUGAAGGACAAGAAACUAGCUAUUGAGAAAUAUUUAAUCUCUAAACAUAAAAUGUUAUUAAUGAUUUUGGAUGAAAUAGAUCAACUAGAAAGUAAAAAUCAAUCUGUUUUAUAUUCCAUUUUUGAAUGGCCAUCGAUAUGCAAUUCAAAAUUAAUUUUGGUUGGCAUUGCUAAUGCCUUAGAUUUAACAGAUAGAAUAUUACCUAGAUUACAAGCUAGAUGUGAAUUGAAACCAAAGUUAAUGCAUUUUUCACCAUAUACAAAGCAGCAAAUAUGUAACAUAAUAUCAGAGAGAUUAAGUGAAGCAAAAGUAUCUGAUUUAUUCACUGGACCUGCAAUACAGAUGUUAUCUGGUAAAGUUGCUGCUAUUUCUGGAGAUAUUAGGAGAGCACUGGAUAUUAGUAGAAGAGUAAUUGAGUUUGCAGAAUCUCAUAAAUUGGAACAAGUGUUGCAACCAACAAAUAAUAAAAUAGAAACAGGUAUGGGUAGUCCCAAGAAACAACCACCAGGAGAUAAGCCAGUAGACUUGAAAGAAAUCAUUACAGUUUUAAAUGAUGUCUAUGGAGGAUCUCAAAAUAUUGAAAAAGAAGAAAGCACAUUUCCUUUACAACAAAAAUUAUUAUUAUGUUCUCUUUUACUCAUUUUAAAUAAGGGAAGAAUUAAAGAUGUAACAGUGGGAAGAUUGCAUGAAGUAUACAAGAAAGUUUGCAGGAAACGGAAUAUUCAUGCUGUUGAUGCAUCAGAGUUUUUCAGUUUAUGCUCGUUGAUAGAAACUAGAGGUAUUUUAAAAUUAAUAAGGAAAAAGGAACCUCGUUUAUCGAAGAUUAAUUUGGAAUGGGACCAAGAAGAAUUAGAUGCAGCUUUACAAGACAAAAAUAUGAUGGCGGAAAUUAUCAAUGAUGUGACUUGUUUAUAGAUAUUAUGACUUAAACUGUUACUGUUUGUUAGAUUGUAUAUUUUUUGUUAAGCACCAUAAGACUAUAUUUUUAUAACAAUAUAUGACAAUCAUUUUAUAAUACGUAAUUUAUAAAUCUGUAUGUUUUAUUAAGUUAUUAUAUUUUUAAGUCCAUAUAGUCUGUUGCAGUAUGCAACAUGCAUAUGAAAAUUGUAUGUGUGAUGUUAUAUUACAUUUUUUCGAAUAUUUGUAAAAAGUAAACGUAAAGUACGCAAUAAAGUGACUUGCUUCUAAAAGUAAGCAUCUACUUUUGAAAAUUAUA